UCAGACGGGGGCAUUACAGUGCAGGAACAGAUGUAUCUCCUGUAUGAUGUCAAACUCGAGUGUCAUCAGAACGUCUCCUUACAGGACCCUACAGAUGACCUUUGCCCUCCCGGGUGGGACGGCUUGAUCUGUUGGCCACGGGGUUCCCCGGGUGCUGUCACCAAGGUCCAAUGCCCACGCUACGUCUAUGACUUCAAUCACAAUGGUCAUGCAUACAGAAAAUGUGACAUCAAUGGCUCUUGGGUCUUUGUUGAGAGCUUGAACCGGACCUGGACAAACUAUUCAGACUGCUUGAGAUUCCUCCAACCAAACAACCAUGAGGGCGGGAAAGAGGAGUUCUUUGAGCGUCUUUACAUUAUGUACACUGUAGGAUAUGCAGUGUCCUUCAGUUCUCUGCUAGUGGCCAUCUUCAUCAUCGGGUACUUCAGACGUCUUCACUGCACCAGGAACUACAUCCACAUCCACCUGUUUGUGUCCUUCAUGCUGCGAGCCAUCAGCAUCUUCAUCAAGGACAGAGUCGUCCACACCAAUGUUGGACUGCAGGAUUUUGAUGCCGCGCUCAUGGAUAACCUCAAGACCAUCUCCGUGGCACCCCUGGACAAGUCUCAGUAUAUCGGGUGCAAGAUCACAGUGUUUCUGUUUAUCUACUUCCUGGCCACUAACUACUACUGGAUCCUGGUGGAGGGUCUGUACCUCCACAGCCUCAUCUUUAUGGCCUUCCUCUCCGACAACAAGUACCUGUGGGGUUUCACUUUGAUCGGGUGGGGUGUUCCUGCUCUCUUUGUGGCUGCGUGGGCGGUUGUGCGGGCAACGUUAGCAGACGCUCGCUGCUGGGAGCUAAGUGCCGGCAACAUUAAAUGGAUAUAUCAGGUUCCCAUUUUAACAGCAAUUGGGCUGAACUUCAUCUUGUUUGUAAAUAUUGUACGAGUGUUGGCAACAAAGAUCCGAGAAACAAACGCUGGAUGCUAUGACACUAGAAAGCAAUAUCGGAAGCUGGCCAAGUCUACUCUGGUGUUGGUCCUGGUGUUUGGGGUCCACUACAUUGUGUUUGUGGGAAUGCCGCACACCUUCAAGGGAAUGGGCUGGGAAGUGAGGAUGUACUGUGAGCUCUUCUUCAACUCCUUUCAGGGAUUCUUCGUUUCUAUAAUCUACUGUUACUGUAAUGGGGAGGUCCAGACAGAGAUCAAGAAGACGUGGACCCGCUGGAACCUGACCAUGGACUGGAAGGGCCCGGUGGUGUGCGGCCGGUGCCACUACGGCUCGGUGCUCACCAACCUCAACAACAGCGGCACCAGCCAAAUGCAGCUGGCGGGGCCCUCGCGGACCAGCGCGCUCUUCUCCAGCCGCGUGUACCGGAGCAGCGGGCGGCGCACGGCCAGCACGCACACCGCGCUGCCCGGGUACGUGCUCAGCAACUCUGAGGCCGACAGCAUUCCGCACUCCAUCCCCGAGGAGCAGGACGACAGCGCCAAGCAGCUGGACGACAUCUCGCUGAAGGAGUCUCCGCCCGUCAUCAGCAACAGCGCGGAGGACACUGAGGAAACCCUAUGAGCGCAGGGUGCUGUGCUGUGGGCUUUAGAACACACACACAGCACACGCGUGCACACACAGCACACACUUACACACGCACACACGUACACACACACACACACAUACGCACAUGCACAAACACACACGCACACACACACAUACACACACACGCACACGUGCACACACAUAUGCACAGCACACAAGUACACAAUGCAUAUUUACACACACACACACACACAGCACACACACAUGCACAGCACGCAAGAACACAACACAUACACACACACACGUAUGCAUACACGCACACAUGCACACACGCAUGCUCACACUCAUUAUCACACACACAAAUACAUAAACAAACACAUAUACACACAGUCCACAAAUGCACGCAAUCUCACACUCAUGCAUCCUCACGUACUUGUACUGUAUAUGAAUCCACACAUGGUACAAAGCCAACUGUGUCAGCAGCACUUCUGGACGUGUGAAAUGGGACACCACAGCAACUUUGUGAAUUGCAUGAGGAAUCAAAUUUUAGCCAUUUUGUGGAUAACCACUGUUGGACAUGUGCAGAACAGACAUUCCACAAAGGGAGUUUUCAUCACUUAAAAGCACUGAAUUCAUGGUGGCUUUCUGAGUGCCAGAUAACAGCAGGGGACAUUUUCCUGUGUGGCCGUGACUAGAGUUUCCUCUCAGACAGAAUUAUUGACAAUCAUGUUCUGUACAUGUACCUAUAGGUACAGGUACAUAUCAAAGUGCUGAAGCUGUUAUAUGUUUCUGUGUAAAGUAUGUGUGAAACGCAUGUGUGUCCAAAAAAAAUAAUGUGACAUGCUCUGUGUGAAGAUUCUACCGUGCAUUCUUCUGACUGUCCCGGUAUUUUUCAAAGGAAGGGGGAGAAAAAGCAAAAUUCCUAUUCAAGAAAAAAAUGCAGCUGUGAACUCUCACGUGUCAUUGUGUG